AUGUCAGCAGGAGAGUCUCAAGACCACCUUGCUGACUGGCUGACUAAAGCAGAGUACACAGCAGGCAUAGACCCUGAAGACCAAUCUGACAAGGAAGAUGAGAACUUGCCUGAUUUGACAGUGCAUGUUGACAAUGAGGGUUAUCCUUGCCUAUCAACAGGGUUUAAAUCUCUCAUGCUCAAAAAUCAGCAGAAGGUUGUACAAAAGGUCUUUCAAAAGGCUUAUGUGGUCAUCUCAAGCAACCCUCAGGCUGCAGUCCCCUGGGGUCAUAUCACUCAGGAUCUGGACCAUUACCUUGACAUGGACUGCAUCCCUCGAAAUGUUGUCAUCAAGGAUCCUUCUCACCUGCAGAAGGACACCAUCAGCACCAUUUUUUUACUUUGGAAGUUAUGUGCUAAUUGUAAUGAACCAAUUUUACGAUUCAUUGGAUAUAAGGAAGGUGACUUCUAUGAUUCUCUGGCUAAGAAGGGUGAUGUAAGUCAAAAAUCAAGGAAGAACCAAAAAUAUGUGGAAGUAUCAGAUGAUGAGGACAAGGUACUGAAGAAGGUCCCCUUAGCCAAUCUUUCUUCAGAUGAAGAGAAAGACUUGGCAAUAGUUCAAAAGCUUGCUGAGACACAAACUACAGAUUCUAAGGGCAAAGCUAGGAAGCAACAUCUGCCUGGUUGGUCAUCUUGGAUGUGGUCUGAGGAAUAUCUACCUCAAAAUAUGCACUAUGAUAUUCAGGCAUCCUUCACUGCUUUGAAGAAACUAGAGAACUAUAUCAUCAGAUCUCAUGGUUGGGAUAUGAUUGUUAUCCUUGGACUUGGACUCCUUCAUGAGUGUCGUUGUGCUCAGAAGUAUGAAGCAGAUGAGGCCGGAAAUGACAUACCUGAAUAUUUGGGCACCUCCAUCCUUGGCAUUCAAGUAGGGAAGAAGAUUGAGGAGGUGAUUACCAGAAUUCAGGCAAAGGUGAAGGCAAUGCUGCCAGAUGAUCAUGAGAAGCAGAUGUCAGUGAGCAAAGAAGUUCACAUGAGGUGUCUGGAGAACAAAAGGCAGGUGAAAGAAAGGAGGGAGGUGGAGCAGGCAAGGGUUGCUGCAGAGAAGAGGGCUGUUGAGGAGGCUCAUAUAGCUAAGGAGAGGGCUGCCACAUUAAAGAAGGCAAGUGGUACUAAAGCUGGGGAAAAAGUAAAGGGUAAGCGACCAGCAACAGAUAUGAAUGAUUCACCCAUGAAAAAGGUGAAGACAUCUGCUCCUCCUGCUCCUCCUUGUCAUUCUGCCAGAGGGAAAGUACCUUUAAAGAAGUACAAGGACUGA